AAGCACUUGCAUAUAAAAUUCGAAAGAAAAUCCACACCAAAUUUGCUUGUCAGCUUCUCCUAUUUUCUCUUUCCCCAUCCCUGUACUAGAAAUAUUGGAAUCUCUAGCUUUUCAUUUCCCUCCACAGAUCUCUAAAAUUCCCUCUCACCAAGCAUCGAUAAUAUAAUUUUUCGAUCGCCUCUGUUAUCUGUAUCGCCCAAACAUCUCUUUUCUGUUCACUCUACUCCCUGGGCACUGAUCAAUAUAUUCGGUCGAUGAUUCUGGAACCUUCAUGAAUCUUGACGCAGGCCUCUCCCUCUUUAUGGGCCAGCACCCUUGCGAUGCCUGAGCUGCGUCGCAGACCACGCAGAGACCGGGCAUUAGAUAAUCCGAACCCAAGUCCGAUUGCAGCACUGGACAAGCCCUCGCCAAGAACUCGCCAGAGAAGAUCCACUGCGCAGAACAAGCCAAAUCGGAAGCAUAAGAACGCGAUCGCAGCUGAUGAAACAAAUAAUAAUCUAAACAAGAACGUCGGCGCCGUUCCUCUGACCGGGACAUUGAAAGGCGAGGAAGAAGGACAAGCGCCAGUCGCACCGUUAAGGGUUUUGAGACAGAAAGCUGGGAAAAAGGCCAUGGAUGAGUACGACAGCGGUGGUCGAAGCCCCGACAAGGCUCCGGCCGCUGAAGACGAGGGCAAUACAGCUCCCCUUCCUGAGAAGGUCCAGGUUGGUGGUUCUCCACCGUAUAGAGUCGAUAGAAAAUUAGGGAAAGGUGGAUUUGGACAGGUCUAUGUUGGCAGGCGUGCAGGAGCUACAAAUUGCAAUGAACGAACUGGGCCUGGAGCCGUUGAAGUAGCUUUAAAGUUCGAGCAUAGAAGUAGCAAAGGGUGUAAUUACGGUCCGCCAUACGAGUGGCAGGUUUACAAUGCAUUAGGUGGUAGUCACGGUGUUCCACGAGUUCAUUACAAGGGGCGUCAGGGUGACUACUAUGUUAUGGUCAUGGAUAUGCUCGGCCCUAGUCUAUGGGAUGUAUGGAAUAACAACUCGCACACGAUGUCUACAGAAAUGGUGGCAUGCAUUGCAAUUGAGGCUAUCUCCAUAUUAGAGAAGAUGCAUUCCAGAGGAUAUGUGCAUGGUGAUGUGAAACCUGAGAAUUUUCUGCUUGGUCCCCCUGGAACUCCGGAUGAGAAAAGGCUUUUUCUGGUUGACCUUGGAUUAGCAACCCGGUGGCGUGACCAUACGACUGGAGUUCAUGUUGAGUAUGAUCAACGACCAGAUGUAUUUAGGGGGACCGUACGUUAUGCUAGUGUGCAUGCUCAUCUUGGUAGAACAGGUAGCAGGAGAGAUGACUUGGAGUCUCUUGCUUACACUCUCAUCUUCCUUCUUCGUGGUCGAUUACCUUGGCAAGGAUAUCAGGGAGAGAAUAAAGGAUUUCUUGUCUGCAAGAAGAAGAUGGCCACUUCCCCUGAAACUUUAUGUUGCUUUUGUCCUCAACCUUUCCGGCAGUUUGUUGAGCAUGUGGUGAAUUUGAAGUUUGAUGAGGAACCUAACUAUGCGAAGUAUGUUUCCCUCUUUGAUGGUAUUGUUGGUCCAAAUCCGGACAUCAGGCCAAUAAAUACUGAUGGUGCUCAGAAGCUUAUAUGUCAGGUUGGCCAUAAGAGAGGGCGAUUGACCAUGGAAGAGGAUGAUGAUGAACAACCAAAAAAGAAGGUCAGAAUGGGAAUGCCAGCAACCCAAUGGAUCAGUGUUUAUAAUGCUCGCCGACCAAUGAAGCAAAGGUAUCAUUACAAUGUGGCUGAUAUGCGGCUGCCCCAACACAUAGAGAAAGGGAAUGAGGAUGGUUUGUUUAUCAGCAGUGUGGCUUCUUGUUCUAACCUUUGGGCACUUAUUAUGGAUGCUGGCACUGGUUUCAGUGCACAAGUUUAUGAACUUUCUCCUCACUUUCUUCACAAGGAAUGGAUUAUGGAGCAAUGGGAGAAGAAUUACUACAUUAGUGCAAUAGCAGGAGCUAAUAAUUGUAGUUCAUUGGUUGUAAUGUCCAAAGGGACCCAGUACUUACAGCAGUCAUAUAAAGUCAGUGAUUCAUUUCCGUUCAAGUGGAUCAAUAAAAAAUGGAGAGAAGGGUUUUACGUCACUAGCAUGGCCACUGCUGGGAGUAGAUGGGCAAUUGUCAUGUCCCGUGGUGCGGGAUUUUCAGACCAGGUUGUAGAACUUGAUUUCCUAUAUCCCAGUGAAGGUAUUCAUCGUAGGUGGGACAGUGGUUACCGCAUCACAUCAACUGCAGCAACUUGGGACCAAGCUGCCUUCGUUCUUAGUGUACCAAGAAGGAAACCAGCUGAUGAAACUCAAGAGACACUUCGGACUUCUGCUUUCCCUAGUACUCAUGUUAAGGAAAAAUGGGCAAAGAACCUGUACAUUGCAUCUAUUUGUUAUGGAAGAACAGUUUCAUGAGCUGCUGAGCUUUCUUGUUCCUGCUGACAUCUUUUUUACUUCUUGCAUGAUCCUGCUUAUCCUUUCAUCAGCCACUUGGGAUGAAAGACCAGACCCUCUAGACAAGUUUUUUGAACAAUGCAGUUCAGCCUUGAUGUAUGCUAAACCUUUCUUCAUGGUUGUCAUCACUUAUCAUUUGAUACAAUACUUGUGCACUUUAUGUCAACUGUGUCAACAUGCUUGUAGGCAAAUAUAGAUCGUGUCCAUUUGGAUAAGUCUUGAGAUAGAAAGUUUUGUAUAGAUUGAACAGAUAAUUACUGUUUCAAAGUCAUGUGCACAGGUCAGGCUUUUGUUUAUUGAAGAUAUUUUGCAUUUCGCAAAUGUGCAACUAUGAUUUUCCAGGGGAAACGGGAGACCUUCGACUUUGCAAUCUUGUAAUUAGAUCCUCUACCUUCUUCCCUCUUUUCACGUAAAGUAAUUAACGGCUUCUUGGGUAGACAUUGAACAUGGGAAGUUGUGUUCUGUGGCAGCAGUUUGUAAUUGAUCAGUUGUUCUUAUAACAUUAUCAUCUUGUAAUUGAUUUGUUAUUGUUAUCAAAACAUCUUAAUUGUCUGUUACACUAGUUAUGGCUGCUUACGUCUUGACGUGUUUGUUUUGUGGGUUGAUCUCAAGAAAUGCUACUUGGGGGGGGGGGUGUUCCGCAUUAAAUAAAGGAUGCAAUUUCCAGAUUUGUACUGAUUUUUCAUUUUUCAGUUACGAUAGAGUUUUGAUUCUUUGUACAGAAACUAGUCAGUGAGUCUGAAAAAGUUUUGUUUUGUCGGUCAAACAUUAUUUUUCCUACCUCUCUUGGAAGGUUAUGGCAUCUAAAUGUUUGAAUAUAUUAUAUAUAUAGCAUUGAGUUGUUUUUAGAAGAGGAGCUACUAGAUAAUCUGUUUAUCUUCUGGCAUUGAGAAAAAAAAUCUUCUUUCUGCAACCUUCCUGACUUUGACAGUUACACAUCUCCAUCUCCAUUGUUCUAAUUACUCUUUACUUCCAGUAUCCAAAAUCUGCUUUGGCUUCUGGCUAGUCCUUUAUGAUUUAGUGCAUAAUUUUGUUUGAUUAUUUUUCUAAUAUCAAGCAUGGCAAGAUUCACUUUUCAUUCUGACAAGAGGUUGGCUCCAUUGGAAGCUCAGUCAAGGUGACCAGAAGUAUCUUGUACCCCUGUGUGAUGACUCCUGUAAUACCUGAGAGUUCACUGGGCGUGAGGCAGGCCUAAUGGCAUUUCCCUCUGGUUUCUCACAUUUUGAUCCGAACAUUUUGCUUCAAACCAUAAUCAUGAUGCUGGACCAUUCUUACUCAUGGGGAAGCUUUGGAAGUUUAGUUUCUGAUUUAGUGGCUUCAGAUGACUGCAUGACUGCGCGACCAAGUUUGAAGAUGGUAUGCUCUGGCCUGAUCUGACUUUUGCAAGACCUCCUUGUAAGAGACAGUAUCAUAGUAAAAGAACCAAGGACGAGCUGGCAAUGCCCUGCUAACUUUUGCCGCUUAUUAUUAUUAUUUUUUCCCUGGGCAGUUCAGCCUAAAUUUUAUUUAGAUUUCAAUUGGACUCAAUUUAUGAAUGACUGCCAGAUUUUCCAAAAAAAAUGAGAAUUUCACGGAUAGUCUGAUACUGUCCGAGUGUUA